CGGCUGGGCGGCCAGGCCGGAGGCGCAGAGCCGCGCCGUGCUGUCCCGGGGCCGCUGCCGGCUCCGGCCUCCGUCCUGGCUGGGCGGCUCGCGGGGAACCCGCGCCACCACUGCCCUCCAUGGAAGGGGGACGGGAGCCAGGGAGCAGCCGCUGGCCCCAGGGUGGAAGAUGCAGGGCUGAAGCCCCGAGCCGAGCAUGGAGCUGAACAGACUGCUCCUCCUCACAUCCUUCCUCCUGCACGUGAAAGAGGACCGUGCCAGCCCAACACGGCUGGUCUGUGACAACAGGCUUAUCCAGAAGUACAUCGUGGAGGCCAAGGACAUGGAAAAGAAAGUGGGCCAGUGCCAGGCCCUGCCUGCACUCAGGUGCCCUGCAGUGCUGCCCUUGGUGGACUUCACUUUCCAGCAGUGGAAAUCCAAAUCGAACGAGACCAAGCGGCGGGAGAUCCUGUGUGACCUGGCCCUGCUGCUGGGUGCUGCAGCAGGGGCCCAGGGCCAGGUGAGCGACGAGUGUGGGGCCAGGCAGCUGAGCCAGCUUUACCGACACGCCAACUCCUUCUUCCUGCUCCUGCAGACCUUCAGCUGGGAGGCAGGACACUGGGAGCCAGGCUGCUCCCCACAUUCCAUGGAGCAGACCCACAUCUCCAGCAUUUUCCUCACCUACCGGCAGCUGAUACAGGGCAAGCUGCGCUUCUUCUUCUAUGACCUGGCCAAGGUCUCGUGCAAGCAAGGACAGGGGGACAGCAGAGACCCUCCAUGUGGGACCCAAUGAGGCUGCACACAGGGUUCAACCACAAAGCAAUGCUGGAGCAUUCCUGCAGGACACUAAGCUGUGCUCUGGGUGCCCAGGAAGAUGCCCACAGGAAAGGGUUGGCACCUGUUCCUCAAGUCUUCACAACCGUGCAGUGCAUGGAGGCAAACAGUGACACUCACGUGCCAGCAGGCACAGGCCCUGCUCCCAUCUGGGCAGGCCCUCUACUGUGAAUGCUUUUUGAUUAAAGAGCUAUUUUUCUAAA